CACGAAAUGGUCAGAAUGUUCUCGUUGGUGGUUGGUAUUAAGCCAAACUCAAUUUUCAAACGAAAAGCUGAGAGUAUAUUCCCCUAAUGAGCCUGGUUUGGCUUGUUGAGGCAUCACCGAUAUCAAAUCGAUCACCAGUUCCAUCGAGAAAUGUCGAGACAUCCUCCCCAGGGUAUCAGCCACCACGAAAUACACAACGUCUCGGUUAUCAUUACGGCUACGAGGGUUUCCAGACAGAAAUGGGAAUCGAUCUUUUACCUGUUCACUACACGCAAAAUCCGUUGAUCCCGGUAUCAAAUCGUCCAACCGAGGUGGAAACAUCGAGGCCAGUGUAUGAAAUUAUCGAGGACGAGUACAGCCCCACAUCGUCACCCGUCAAAAUUCAUUCAGCCGUGGAGACCCUAGUGUCUCCAUCAAACAUAAAAAAUGAAAAAUACCAUCACGAUGUACAGGCGAAUGCAGUUGCAACGGCAAUCACGACACUCGAUUGGCUGAUGGAUAACAAAGGAUACAACAGUCCAAUUCAUCCACCCCCUAGACCAGUCAUUGCCCUCGUGUUGUCGCACUAUGGAAGAUAUUUACCUAUCGCACGUGGUCCACGUGUCUACUCGUACAUGGCUGUAAAUAAUAUUCACAAUAAUCAGCCGUUUGGUCAAUACAAGUGGGAAGCUGGUGAGAAUAGCUAGGGAUUUAUCAAUAUUUAUUUAAUUCGUGGGAAGUCUAGCGUUUUUACAUUUUUUUUUCCCCAAUUUUUUGGAUAAAUUA